CACACACAGCAUCAGAAUCUCCACUGCCGCCUGCCUUGUGCUGUUACGGUGUGAUCGAUGGGGCUAUCACUCUCCCUGCACUGCCGGAUUAUGACAGAUGUUGUGGUGGUGCGCGUAGCGUACUACGACUAGCGAGUUGCGACCAACAGAGACAGUCUUCAGCAGUUCGAGACAGAAAUAGGAAUACUUUCGGUUUUGUAAUAUAAUAAAUGUCUUUCUAGAUAGAGCCGUGCUAUCGUUCUAGUUCGAUACACAGCGCCUAGCGUUGGUAGAAACGUUAGCUUCUGAGGUGGUUGAUUUGCAAAGCGAAGAACAUGAGUACACCCACAGGCGAGGUGACGUCACUAUUCCAACCGGCGGUUGCCGAGACCAAGUGCAAGCGGCCUAGCGACUUGUUCUAAUCAUGGUGUACUUUUGGCAAAAGAUCGCUCGUGCUACCCCAAUGAGCACACCAUCGCCCGUCCCUUCCUCUUCUCCUUCAUCACCCCUGCCUUCGGAAUCCGACUCCUCUUCAUCUUCAUCGUCGUCACCAUCAUCUUCAUCGCUGUCGAUUCCCUCCCCGUUAUCGUCUUCAUCGUCGUUAGAACGCCUGGCCGCAGUGGAGAGCUCUUCAACAAAGAAAACAAGGACUUCUCCCGGAAGUUACAGCGCGGUACCCGCGGCAGCACCAUCGUCCCUUCGAGUACAUUCUGGUUUCUUUACGUCCAAACCACGAAAAGGCGUAGUUGUUAACAAUCAUACCGCACUUCUGCCUAAAGUCGGUACUGGCUUAGGAAGCGGUGACGGCCUGUCCAACGGCACAGAUCAACGACACGCACGCCACCAAAACAAAAGCAGCAGCAGUAACAACGACAACAACAGCAGCAACAACAACAACAACACAGUCCCCACGAUCAACAACACUAAUACAAAUAGUAUAAGUAACGGUAACUACAACUGCAAUAAUAACAAUAAUAAUAAUAACAACCACAACAGUAGCAGCGACUCCAGCGAGAGCCACAGCAUUGAAGGAUCAGGUGUCGGUGUCGGUGUCGGUAUCGGUGUCGGUGGUGGUAGUGGUACAGGAAGUAGCGGCGGUGGUAGCGGCCACAACAAGACCCAUCCCCACAAUUCCCGCUCACUGACGGGGGUCCUGAUGUUGGACAAGCUGGUCGAGUAUUCCCGCCGAAAACAGGAGACAGACAGGCGGAAGGUGGCCGAGAGGGAACUGGAACAUCUCAACCUCAAAAUUGAUAAAUUGCUUUCCAAGAUGGGAGAACCGGUGGAUGGAGAUGUUCAGGGAAAGCUCAAGAUAGACGACGAGUGUGUGGUCUGUCUAGCAGCUGCCGCCACGAUGCAAACGUUCCCCUGUGGACAUAAAGUGGUCUGCCGAAAAUGUCUCAUCAAAACCAUACAGGUGGCAGUGUCUCAGCGUUGUCUCCCGCUCCGCUGUGUAAUCUGCCGGGACCGCAUCCUCAAACUCCACCACACGCUGCCCAGCCAAGCAGCCUCGGGUGAUGACAGCAACAGCACAAGCCUGGCCUUACCCUCCCCACCCUCCCCUCCCCCUCUCCAAUCUAGCCCGUCCCCUCCCUUCCUUUCUCCCUCAUCAAUAGCGAAAAGCGGGGUGGUGGGUGGCCGUGCGUCUACACUGCCCAGUCCCCUCUCCCCCACCAGCCCGAGCCGUCUGUUCAGCCUGAUUACGUCACCCGGGCGUCCACACAGCACGUCUCCCAGACACACAGAGAGCGUCUACGACAACAACAUGACAACACAUUCCAGCCAUCAUCACCAUCAUCACCAUCAACACCACCACCACAACAAUAAUAAUAACAACAAUAAUAAUAACAACAACAACAGUUUCUUCACCUCUCCAGUCCACAUCCAGAAGGUGAACCCACCCACAGUGAGCUUCAUCAACACUCACCACCACCACCCCCACCAUCACUCGGAAGAUGUCGAUUUCCUCAAGCACCCGCCUUCAAACCUGGAAGCGUUCCUUCACUCUCAUAACGACGCUCUCAACAUGCGAAGCUCGGACAGGUCGAGAAAGCAUCACGACCCAGCGUCAGAUCACAAGUCUGUCAACAAAUCAGGGAGCCACCAUCUUCUUCACCAGCAUCACCACCACCAAGUUGUCCCCAACCCGUACACCAGCAAGCGACACGAUUCACCUUGCCUCGGUUUCAAGGGUUCCCAGUCUGUGAAAAUCCACCCUGAGGCUCACCUGCAGGUCUGUGCAUUCAUGGGAGCGUCCGAGUCGGCCACCGCAGGGACCUCCGAGUCUGGUGCGGGAUCCCAAACACCCACGUCUACACACAGCAAAACGAGCAAGGCGAACAAGUUCAUCUCUAAGUUUUUACCUCGGUCAAGUCGCCGUAAACACACCUGGCAUCGCAAUGACUAAGUCCAUGUCUCAACAAGUAGAAAAGGUUUGCUGGGCCAGAAAUACACAAGUCCCAUCGGCCAGUUUCUCAGAUGUGCUAAGUCCAACAUUUUGUAUUUUUUAAACUCCCAAUUUCUUAAUCUGUAGUAGCGGUUGCAUAUGCUGGAGAAAUAAGUUUUGUUGAAAUUUAAAUUCUAAGUGGUGAAAAUAUAGCAAGACAAGAUAGCACAUAACGUAGCUAGGGUUAUUUAAAAGAAUGAAACAAGUUCUAUUUUUCUCUCCUGAAACAUUUUGCUUCUUCGGAGUAAAGCACUAGAACAGUCUGAUGAUAAAUCCCGUUUUAUAAAAUGUGUAAUUUAUGUUACUCUUUCCCGAAACUUGAAAACAUAAAUGUAUUGUUUUUUAAAGGAAUUUUGCCCCAGUGAUAAACAUUUCUGUAAUCCACUAAAAAAACCCACCAAUAGUUGCCCUUUUUUUACGAUCGACUUUCGACGAGAACCAUCCAUGACAUUAUCGUUUUAUGUUAUUGGUGUUGCUCUCCUUGAGAAUAACAUCAAUUCAAUUUUAAUAAUUAUAAUUCCUAUUUUAGAAAAGAAAAACCAUAAUUGGGUAGAUAAUUCAUCCUGGCACUUGUGUAAGUACUACAUUUUAAUCACGAUCGUUUUUGCUUUGUGGAAUUGUGAUCAUCUUUGUUUUUGUCAGUGAGAAAAUUCUUUCUUGAUCUUAGUUGUUUCGGUUUGCAUUUCAUGUUGGUUCCUCGUGCUUUAAAUAGUUAUCAAUGUGUCAAUUAUAAUUGUUUUCCUAAACUCUUACAUACAUUAACUUCUUUUGCCAGUGAAAUGUUCUGUCUACUUUUGCCGAAUGGUUUCUCGAAACAAUACGUUUUGUUGCACAUAUUGAACAUUUAAUAUCGUAUAAGUGCCGAACAUUAAAUUUACAAGAGUUAAUUAACAUAAACAAGGGGUUGAAAAUAACGAUAGCAUUGCGGUAGAAGAAGCAAAACACACAAGAUGAGCGCCAUCACCAACUGUUCGUGCUGUUGCUGACAAGACAACCAUCUUAAGUUAUUAAUAUUUCAUACUCGUUUUUAGGAGGAUUAACAUUUAAAUUAGGCCCAAUUUUGUGGAAGCCUUGUUCAUGCGAGAAACAAGACUAUUGUCCUGUUAUGGCACUGUCGUAACAGUUGGGAUUCACUCAAUGUCCAAUACUGGGCUGGAGGCUCUUGUGUUGAGAAACGCAUCCUUUCCGGUCGAAUGAUUUAGGAGUACCUACUUACUUUUACGUUUUACUGUCGCAGUUUAGAGUCAAGAAAGAUACAGCUUUAUAUGGCUGAUCAAACUACCAACUAUUUUAAAUGAGGUUUGUAAUUUCUUAAGGCUCCAUUGAAUCUCCCUAGUUUAUCUAUUGAGAGAUCUUUUUUUUUGUAGCCUAAGUGCUUGAUUUUGUAGACUCAUAGAGCUGGUUGACCAGGUAGCAUUCGUAACUUUAUAGCGCUGAUGGCACAAAGAAUACGAUAUAGGGCGAGCCGGAAGCGCUCCAUUCGACCACUUUUGCUUCCAUGCAAAUAUUAAGAAACGUCAUCUGCAGUGCUUGGGGAAAAAUCUGUGACACAAUAGAAUUAGGAGAGCGUGAAUUUAUUAAAUGUAGUUUUUAAAGUAAAAACAAUAGAGUCAUUUUUUAAUAAAAGGUAUAAUUUCCCAAUUCCAUCCCAAUAUUGGACAGUCCCACAAUUCACAGUAUUUUUUAUUCUAGGUUUUUAAAACAAAAUAUAUCUUUUGUUUUGUCUUUUUCGGCUUUUGUUUUUUAUUUGGGAGUGGGGGGUUGCUGCCAAGAUGCAUAGCGAGGAAAAAAUAUCGUCCUUUGGAAUACUAGGCGCAUUUGUUGCUCGUUUAAGCAUUCAUUCACGUCAUUACACACUGUGGCUUCUAUUCGUGGGUUCCGCCCGACCUCUAUGGAACUCUAAUUGAAUUGCACGUUCAUUACCAUAAUUGUUUUCAGCUUGGGUCUCUUUGUUUACACACGUGGCACUUUUGUCUGUCUCCUAGGGCAGAUCAGGCCGCCUCUCAUACAUAUUGUAUUUAUUAUUAUUAUUAU